AAAUCAGUCUGAGCCCAGAAAACUGAGGGUGUACCCUAGACCCCAUGCUCCCAACCAUCACCUGAAACCCCCCUUUCUUCCACUCUCGUAAACCCUAAACCCCUCGUGACGAACAAUUAGGGUUCGAAACAAAUAUUCACGUUGAAAGAUGUCGUCUUCGCUGUUUAUCAAACGAUUCGGGAGAACAAAGAGUAUAACGAAGAGAUCUACGAAGAAGUAUCUGGAAGAAGCGCUUUACAGGCGGCUGUUUAAAGAUGGAGGAUCAGAUGUUAGUGUUCGACAGAAUUUGAAUCAGUUUGUUAAGUCCAGAAAGAAGGCGUACAAAUGGGAGGUGGAUCACACCGUUCGAAUCCUUCGUCAUCGCAAGCGAUACGCUCCGGCUCUAAAGCUAUCAGAAACUAUGGCAGAAAGGGGAAUGAACAAAACAGUCGGUGAUCAAGCUAUACACAUUGAUCUAAUCGCCAAAGCAAAGGGAAUAAACGCUGCAGAGGCUUAUUUCGUUAGUCUCCCCGAACAAUCAAAAAACCACUUAACAUACGGUCCGCUUUUAAACCAUUACUGCAAAGAAUUGAUAACUGACAAAGCUGAGUCUAUGUUCGAAAAAAUGAAAGAAUUAAACUUAACGUUAACUUCAGUUCAUUACAAUUGCAUCAUGACUCUAUACGAAAAAACCGGUCAACCUGAAAGAAUUCCAGAGAUCAUUAUGGAAAUGAAGGCAUCGGAAGUCAAACUUGAUAUUUUGACUUACAAUAUUUGGAUGAGAGCCGUUGCUGCAUUGAAUGAUAUCUCUGCGGUUGAACGCGUAAUUAAUGAAUUAAAGAGGGAUGACGAAGUUUUGGAAGAUUGGACUACAUAUUCGAAUCUGGCAUCAAUAUACGUUGACUCUGGUUUGACCAACAAAGCGGAAGACGCACUAAAGGAAUUAGAGAAGAAAAAUGCCCACAAAAAUCUAUCGGCGUUUCAGCAUUUGAUAACGUUAUACGGGAAGACCGGUAAUCUAAUUGAAGUGUAUCGCGUCUGGCGAUCGUUAAAGCUAGCGUUUCCGAAAACGGCAAAUAUUAGUUAUCUAAACAUGAUACAAGUUUUGGUCAAAUUAGAUGAUUUACCAGGAGCCGAAAAAUGUUUCAGAGAAUGGGUAUCGGGUUCUCCGACUUACGAUAUUCGGAUCGCAAAUGUUCUUAUCGGAGCUUAUUUAAAAUCCGAUUUGUUCGAUAAAGCGGAAGAGCUUCGGGAGUUAUCGAAACGGAGAGGUGCGAAACCGAACGCUAAAACGUGGGAGAUUUUCCUGAAUUAUCAUUUGGAAAAAGGUGAGAUUGUAUCUGCUGUUAGUUGCGUUGAUAAUGCGAUUGGUGAAAAGUGGGUCCCCGUGGAAGCGGUUAUUCGGAAGUUUAUGGCGUAUUAUGAGGGUAGUAAAGAUGUUGAUGGUGCUGAAGGGUUAGUGAAGGUUUUGCAGAAAGCUGAUGAUAAUGUUGGUGGUGACGUGUUGGAAUCUUUGUUUAGGAUUUAUGCAUCUGCUGGAAAAACAAGCCCGAUUAUGCAUCGUCGGGUGAAAAUGGAGAAUGUCGAGUUGAGUGAUGAAGGUAAAGUUUUGCUUGAAAAGAUAUCGGUCAAGUAAGAAAGUUUAGUGUUCGUGCAUUUAUAUGAAAAAUUGUUAGAAGUUCCAUUUGUUGGCUGUUUGCAUUUGGAUCUUGAAGUAGCAAUAAGGGAUUUACUUUUGUGAUUUUUGUGUUAAAUUCCAUCAAAAUGCAACAUCAUGAGUUAGAUUCUACGGAUUUUAUGUUGUAAUAGUUUUUUUUUGUUUUCUGUUUCUUAUUCUUAUACAAUUGUGUUUUAA